UAAUUGUUUUUUAAGGUUUUUCUAUAUUUGGGUCUUACAGGGUUAAAGCAAUGCUAUGUUUACUUGUUGCAAAUAGUUCAACCACAUCGUGAUGUUCAUUUGAAUGGGAUAUAGAAGCAUCAAGAGGGAAAUUAUUUCAUGAAAAAGCAAAGAUUAGAGAAAUAAACAUAAGCUCUGUAGCAGAAAAGGUUUACUUUCUUAUUACAUCUAAAUAUCCCAAAAACUAUGUGUAAACAUAGUAAAAGUACAAAUGAUGAUCCAAUGCAUUCAUUAAAGUGCAGGGUACUGUUUACCAUCUUACUACAAGCAAUGAAUGCACUGCACAGAAAGGUCCAUCUUUGUGUAUGUUUAAAAAAUCAAAAGUAAUGAAAUAAACCAUUAGAUGAUAUUAUACUUUCUUAUUUUUCUAUUAUUUCUAUUCUACUAAUAUUGAUUGAAAUUCCAAACAAAUUGCACCAACAUACAGGUUAAAUGUGAAUGCACUGUCAGACUUACUCUGUAGAACACUUCCCUCUUGUGGUCAUUUUGUAUACUAACUUGACAUGCUGUAAAUCUAAAUUUCAAUUUAGGAUAUGGAUGGGGCACAAUUUUGAUAGCAAAUGCAGUAUGAGCUGUUACACAGAUAAUUUAGUCCUGUUUCUGUAGUGCCAAAAAGCCUCUGAUUGUCUGUUCAGGUAUUCAGAAGAUGUGUGUUAUAAUAAAAUAUGCAGUACAAUUUCCAGUUUGGGAAUAACAGUGUUAAAAUUUUAAAACAUCAUCAACAGAAGUGAUGAUGUAAAAAAUAACAUCAAAAUGAUAAGUUUCCCCGUGUCUAUACAACUAUAGAUGGCAAUUUAUGAAGAAAUUGUGGGUGCAACAUCUUGCAUCAGUGUUGAAAAGCUAACGCUAAACUGAAUUGCCAGCUUUAAUUUGUAUGAAAAAACAGCAGAAGAAGUAUGAAUAAUGGCUGGGGGCUAAACUGACUUUCUGCUGGCUUAAAUUUGUAUCCUUUAGUACAUUGUUUGUGCAGGAACCUUUUUUAAUACAGAAAUCUAACAUCCCAUUCUCUUCACUGGAUUUUGGAACAAAAAAUAUACUUGGAUUUCACUCAAUGGAUACAUUACGUAGCAAAUGUUUAAUUCAGUAUGUGUUCAUUCAGCAGCCCUGCAGGAGAGACACUCUGUGGUGGUUAUGGGAUAUGUAUAUAUAAGCAGGACGCAUACUUUUACUUUUUCUGACUGUGUAGAAUUCGAAUGUUUUUGACAUAAAGAAAGAAAUAAUGCACAAUGCUUUACCGAAUUUACAAGAAGGCCCAGACAUGUAUUAGGACGUACUAAUAGUUUGCCUGGAACAAUAAGUAUUGUGAACAUUUUAAAGUUUCCUGAAUCUACACCCAAUAACGGAGUGAAGACCUCACGAGGAGUCAUUUAUGACUCAUGGGAGGACAUUUAUUUCUUAGAUAUAUUUUGGUUUGCCACUUCCUGCGGAUGAUACAUUCAUUUCUUUACACUAGCAAAGCUGUACUGACUGGCACCUGCCAAGAAGACACAUAUACGUAGAUGAAAUAAAUCUGUUACAUUAAAAUAAUGAAAAAGAGCACAAUCAGGAGGAGGAGGAGUAAAAAAUGCGAAGCACACAUGCACACAAUCAUUAGACAAAGCAUGAAAGCACUGUAUUGCAAGCAAGACAAUUUUCUCAUUAAGUGUCUUUGUAUGUAAAUAUUACUCUGCACAUCAGUGCUCUUUUUGGUACUUUUUUCUUUGUAACAAGGACAGAAAAUCAACUCCUUCCUCCUUUCAAACUUUUUUAAAACCACCAUACAAUAAAUAACAUUUUCGUAUUACUUUUUUUUACCUUCCACAACCUAGAUGACUCACUGGUGUGUGUUCACCCUUGUGUAACCUCCAUCUCAAUUCUAUAUCUUGUUCAACACUUCCUCUUUUCCCAUCAGUGCACACGCAUGCAGCAAACACCUCCUGAUUAUGAUCACUUGUUGCAAAAUGUUGCCUAAGAGAAAGAAACAGAACAUCAUUAUAUUUACUAGAAAGCAGGAAUUUAAGAGGAUGUGGAAGGAGAGAUAGGGUGUGGGCCUCUAACACGAUGCUACGCUCAAAUCAUAUUCAAGAAUCUUUCAGAGAGCCACACCUCAGCUUCCUUAAAAGGGGUUGCGUUUUUCAUUUUUAAAAGCCUCAAGCUCAUAAUCAGGUUCCAACCAGCAGCGACCAAAAAUGGUAUUGGUGGGGUGUGAAAACAGAGAACGGAGCACUCAUCUUGUGAUCAGUAAAAGGAAAACGAUUUUUCUUGAUUCAUGGUUGAACAGAAACCUGUCAUGGUCUCUGAUUUGAGUGAGUGGUGGUGAGGCGUCUUCAUAGUAGGAGUCACAGGCUGAGUUGGAGUAUCUGAGGGUGUGAAAACACUAAAAAGACUCUACUCGACUCAAUGAAGAAGUACCUCCUCCUCUUUUUUCUCAGUGUUUUCCCGCUGUGUCUUCUAAAUGGAUGGCCGACAGGAUUCCAAUCCCUGCCAGCCAUAAACCCCUCUACCUUCUCGAGCACACAUAGAAAUGUGACCAUCCUGCUGUGGUACUGGCCCUUCAAUAGGCCAUUCAGCUUGAGGGGUGAUGUGUGCUGGGACCUCUACCGCAUCCCUGGCUGUAGACUGGUGGACCAGCGCUCCUUGUUCCCCUCAGCUGAUGUGGUGGUGUUCCACAACAGAGAGUUGGUAAUUGGCCACCAAAAGCUGCCUUUUGACCUUCCACGGCCACAGGGCCAGAGGUGGGCCUGGAUGUCUCUGGAGGCCCCUCUUUAUAAUGGAAACUUGAGAAAUUAUGGACAUAUCUUUAACAUGACCAUAACCUACAGGAGAGAUGCUGAUAUCACUGUACCCUAUGGUGAGCUGCUACCAAAGGUAACUGAAGAACAUCUGCAAGAAGACAGCCCUCUUAAUAAGACCUCUCUGGUCUGUUGGGUGGUCAGCAACUACAGGAGCCAGCACAAGAGAAGCCAAGUGUACAAACAGCUCAAUGCCACAGUUCCUGUGAAGGUUUACGGUCGUUGGACAAAGAGACCCCUCCCCUCUAAAGCCCUUUUACCUACCAUCUCUCGCUGCUACUUCUAUUUGGCUUUUGAGAACUCGGUCGGCAAAGAUUACAUCACAGAGAAGCUGUGGAGGAAUGCUUACCUCAGCGGGGCAGUGCCUGUGGUCUUGGGACCGCCAUUAAGCGACUACAAAGCCGUGGCUCCACCUAAUUCUUUAAUACACGUUGAUGAGUUUGCAUCAGUGAAAGACUUAGGAAAGUAUCUACAACAGCUUGCAAUGGACAAGAAACGCUACAAUGAAUAUUUUACCUGGAAACAUCAGUGGAAAGUGAAGCUGUACACAGACUGGAGGGAGAGACUGUGUAAGAUCUGCUCACAGUACAACAGUUUACCUCAGCAAAAGGUUUACUCUGACCUAGAGGCCUGGGUCAGUGCUCCUAACACUUGAGCUUGCAUAGUUGUAGUUAUUUCUUUAUUGAUACUACAUUUCUGACAAAUUACCAUAUAUAAUAAUGUUUCAGUGUGUUGAGUUUCCAUUUUAUUGCUGUGCCAGAAACAAAAAACACAGAUGAAAGAAAUUGGAGAAAAUGAAGAGGAAGAUAUUUGAGUAUCGCAGAAAAGAAUUACAUUGCUGAGAUUUAGGAAACUAUGUAACAACCAUGAAUACACAACUAACAUGCUUUAACUAAUGACCAAGUGAAUUAAAUUCUUAGCACUUUAUACCAAACACCUGACCUCUCUAGGGUUAAAAGAAUAGUUCACUUCCUUGCAGAGUUAGGGGAGAAGAGUGAUACCAUUCUCAUGUUUGCACAGCAAAUAUGGUAACACUAUUCUCUUCUAACUCCUGGUAAUAGUUAUGUGUAUUUCCAAAACUGUAACUAUUGAAGUUUAACGUCACGUAGCUCACAGUUCAGUGCACUUUAAGAACAUGGAUAUGACACCCAACCUACAUGUACUCCAACAACACCUGCAACCUAUGUAGUUCCAUUUAAAAAUUAAUUUUGUCUUUAAAAUUAAGUAGAGGAACCCCCCCCCCCAAAAAAAAAAAAACAAUGUUGUCCCCCAACUUGAGAACUCCAACUCCACGCUGCUGUUAGUGCUGAAUAUAAUGAAGCUACAGCUGAAAAUUCAGUAUAUCCUCUAAAUACAAGCAUUUUUAGAUGUUCAGAAUCUUGUUUCAUUCAAACAGUAGGCGAGGUGUUGAAUAUCAAAUUUUUUUUAUUCAUUUGAUGCAAUUUGAUCUGCUCUGUAUUGGAUUUUGAAGAUGCCCAUCUUCCCUUGCCAAUAAAAAUUAUAUUUUACUGAAGAAGUCUGAGUGUCAUUGCAAGACGCUACUAUGAAUUAAUUCAGACUACUAUCUAAAUAAAGCACAACUUCCUCAAACCUAUUUUCAGUUACAGUAGGUAAUGACUGUUGAGGUGCUUCAAACUAGAAUUUCAGUUCCUCGUUCAAUUAAACCACACCUGGUUGUAAACCAAGAAGUAGAACUGUAACAUAGUAAGUCUGUUAUUGAACUGCAUAACAAGAAAGCGUUUUAAGUGGGACGUUCUUACAGGAUACACAGUUUGCAUGUUUAUCUCAACACAUGAACAGUUUCAUUGUAAAGUCAGUUUUACUUGAUUAGUAGGUAUAGAUACAUUAAGGUUUAGAGUGAUUUGAUUGAAGACAUCUCAGUGUAACUAACAAAUAAUUUAAUCAAUUUACAAUUUGAGAAUAUGUGUCACAUUAAAAAACCGGUAAGAGUCUAAUAGUUAUCAUUUCACCCUCACAUUAGUAAAUAUUUCUCAGUAAAAUUAUUCAUCAUAACACUGAAAUAACUCUGGGCUAAAGGAUUGUUCCAAUGUUCUUCUGAGAACUCUUAAAAGUUUAGUCCUGCUAAUAGAUUUGUGGUCAUCUAUAGGGACUUCUAAAUCAUGUGAGGUAUAGUCAGGAGUGACAUUUAAUUUCUUUUCUAAAAUUUACGGACAACCUAGUGAAGAAUAAACUUUAAAAAAAAAAAAAAAAAAAAACAA